CCAAGUUAGUUUUAAAAUCCCAUGAUAACGCCAUAACUGAUCUUCAUCUUGUAUUAAGUGUCAGUAUUCUUUGCAUUUUAUUAAAUUCAUAAAGGAUUUUGUGUCCCAAAUUCCUGUUUGCUUGGAAGGCAUUCGUUUGAGCUGUUAAUCAUUAGUCAUUUCACCUGUUGAAGACAGAACUUCCACCGUACUCAAUGGCUACGAAUUCUGAAGCAGCUGCUCCUAGAUUACCGACAAGACCUCCCCAUAGACAUGAACAGCUUAAAGCUACUUUAAAGGAGGCCUUUCCUGACACAGAUGAUGCAAUUAUUCGUGCAGUUUUAGCCGCAAGCGGAUUUCGUAUUGAACCAGCUUUUAAUGCUUUAUUAGGACUGAAUGAUCCCAGUGUGGCAGAGGAAUUAGAACAAUUGCAGUCGACUCCUACUGCUCCUCAGGCCCCAUCAAAAGGAUCUAAUCUAAAGCAGUUGGAAGAAGAUGAGAUGUGCGCGAGGAAAUUAGCCAGACGCUAUCGACAGUAUCCCGCAUCUAAUCGUGAGCGUAGAGCCAUGAUGUCUUCAAAAGAGGCUCCAAGGAAUGAAAACCAAAGACAUUCUUAUGAUGAGGACAGUGAUGACUAUUCAUUUCUUGAAGAUGAUCUUCCUGUUCUGAAAGAUAAUUUCGUUCGAGGAUUUCAGUCGAUUAAGCAGCGAGGUAUGGCAUGGAUGGAUAGAGUUGCUUCUAAGCUUGAUGGAAGUGAUGAUGAAAGAGAAAAUGAUUAUGAAACUCCAGUUUUUAAUAAUUACUCUAAAAAACCAAUCCCUACUGCUACUGAAUUGGAGUCUGCAUACGAAGAUAUUCCUCCGCCUAUGCCUGCACGAAAAAAUUCAAGGCCAGAUACUGCUAUAUCGCUCCCCCCUUAUGAAGCUGAUCCCCAUAUGUUAAAUGAAAAGGACUUUGAGCGUCUUCGAUUGGAGUCUACAUCUUCGCCUUUGAUGGGUCGUUCUUCUCUAGCGUCUACUAGAAAGUCUGUUGAAUCAAGCUCUUCAGCAGCUUUUACUGAGGGACAAUCAUUAAUUUUGGAUAGCAAUGGGGCCAUAGAAGUUUCCAACUCUGCCUUUGCUUUGGACGAUAGCGAUUUGGAAUCCAACUAUGAAGAAGAUACAGCUGAAAAAGAUCCAAAUAAUAUUUCGAACAAAGGGAAAGACGCUGAUAAACAAACCAAGGAAAACGCCCGUGACCUUGAAAGUGUUUCUGAGGAACAAUAUGGUCCUGCGACAAAGACUGAACACGACGCUGUGAAGAAGGACAAAAAGACGGAUACGGUGGAAGAUACAAAUCCGGAUACAAAGGCCGAGAAAAUUGAAAACGGGCCUAAAGACUCAUCAAUUUCUAAUGAAAAGCCUAAUGAAGAAGAAAAUACUACCGAAAAAACUCAAUCAUCGAAUGAAAAGGACAACUCGACUUCAUAAACUUUUUGUGUUGGAGAAAAUAGUAUUCUCUAAUUAACGUUACAAUACUGAAACGACAUUGAUGUUCCAGUGAGUCGCUGAUUCAGGCAUUGCACUUCCCAUUGUUGACAUUCUUUUACAAUGGACUUAUCUUGGUAGGUAAUAUAUAAUGAAGCGGUAUACACAAGAGCAAUCAUUUACUUGGAAUUUAUUGGUACUUAAUAUAUUCACAUGAAAACACAAA